GUGACAUAAAGGUGGGAAUGAUGCUCCACACUGGGAUUUUUAUGCUCUUCACCUGGAACUUGUCACCUUAGAAAGACACUAAACUUACAAGCUGUAAGGAUGCAUUAAAGACUCCCUUCACCUAAGCCUGUGCAGGAUCUCCUUGGGCAGAGUUCUCCCCUGCUAUGUCCAUCUGGAUGUUCCCUGAGCCAAACCUGCAGGAGCUGUGAUAUAAACUUAUUUAUUGUGGUAGGUUCCCCCACAAUUUGCAGAUCACUGUGUUGUGUGCAGUUGUACUUUGGGUGAUGGUCUCCAUCUGCUGUCAAGGGGACCUUCUAUGAGGAGGGCAGAGCAUCAGAAAUGAAAAGAGAAUAAUUCCAGUGGCUUACAUUUCGAUGGAGAUCAUGAUGUCCAGGAAACACGUCCCCAUUUGACAGCUACUACGUGCUUCUACCCAGUAUAACAUGAAUAAAGACCAUACACUGUACUGUAGUGUUUACAUCAGAAAUGCCUUCUUCUCUGAGAUAGGCAUCGGGAUCUCAGCCAACAGCUGCCUUCUCCUCUUCCACACCUUCAUGUUCAUUCGUGGGCACAGGCCCAGACUCACGGACUUGCCCAUUGGCUUUGUGGCCCUAAUACACCUAGUGAUGCUGCUACUUGCAGCAUAUAUAACAGAAGACUUUUUUAUGUCUUCAGGAGGAUGGGAUGACAUCACAUGUAAACUAGUCAUUUUCUUGCACAGGUUUUUCAGGAGCCUCUCUGUUUGUGCCACUUGCCUGUUGAGUGUCUUCCAGGCCAUCAUCCUCUGCCCUCAAAGCUCUCACUUAGCAAAGCUCAAACAGAAUUCCCCACAUCAGCUCUCAUAUUUUUUUAUUUUUCUGAGUAUCUUCUAUACAUCUAUCAGCAGCCAUAUUUUAAUAGCAGCUAUUCCCACACAAAAUAUCACCUUUGUUAAUCUUAUAUAUAUCACAAAUUCUUGUUCUUUUCUACCCUUGAGUUCAUCAAUGCAACAUACCUUUUCCACACUGUUGGCUUUCAGGAAUGUCUUUGUUAUUGGUCUCAUGGGCCUCUCGACAUGCUACAUGGCUACUCUCUUGUGCAGGCAUAAGACUCGGUCCCAGCGCCUUCAGAACUCAAAACUUUCUCCCAAAGCAACUCCAGAGCAACGAGCCCUCAGGACCAUUCUAAUGCUUAUGAGCUUCUUUCUGCUGAUGUCAACAUUUGACAGCAUCAUCUCCUACUCAAGAACUAUAUUACAGGGAAAUCCACUGCCCUUUUGUUUCCAGAUUCUUGUCGCUCAUAGCUAUGCUGCUGUCAGUCCUCUUCUGGUUCUCAGUAAUGAAAAACGUAUAACUAACCUGUUGAUAUCCAUGUAUGAGAAGAUAGUACUUUGAUUUUCUGUGAGGGUAAGUUUUCUCACAGUGAGCCAUCAUUUGGCACCAGAGCUAUGGCAUAAUGUGCAUGGUUUGAGUUUAAGUGAAAAUGUGGACUUGUGUCUUUUCUAUUUAACGCAUGCGCUUUUUUAUAACUGUAGGUAUGGAAGGUCUAUAUUUAAAAAAAAAUCAAACACACACUGAAUGAUUGCAAAUGUUUUCCCUUAACUCUCUUCUGAGAAAAUCUGAAAGGUGAUCAGGCUUGUCACAAUCUGAAUGACUUACACUUUUCUAAAUCUGUGCUGAUUAAAGACAAUCUCUUCAUUGCCCCUUUAUGUAUUUUUAAAUAUUAGGUAAACAGCAUAUAUAAUGACAUGAUAUGAAACACACACAUGUGUGUCCAUGCACAUAUCUAUUUUAUUCAAGAGUAAAAUAUAUAUAUAUGUGUGAAAAUGUUUUUAAUAAAUUUUCAAUAUUUCAAGGUACAAAAAAGCUAAGAUCUAGGACAUUCCAGAUAUAGGAAAACAAUUAUUUCCUCUGUCUGCAUGAAGUACAAUUCAGUAUUCAGAAUCUAGGAGAUUCUGGAGCAUGAACUAAUGGAAAUGAGCUCUGAAUCUACUCUGCAAAGGGAAAUUUCUGUCACACAAGAGCAGUUAUUGUAUGAAUCUACCUAUAGAGGGUAGGACUCAGAGGACCCAACAUGAAUGAAAUGCAGCACUGUGUUCUAGGUAUUGAAGAAAUUGACAUUGUGCAAAUUUUUCUGAAUGAAGUUGGAGUUUCAAUUCAGGACUGGAGUGCUGUAGACAUGUGCACACUGAUUGGACAAUAAUGUGAAUGUCCUCUCCAACACCACUGUAUGGCCAUGAUGUUCAGAAUGGGAAAUGUGUGUCUCACAUGUAUUUUGUCAUGAUGAAAAUGUAUUCAGGUACUUUAGCCUUGCUGAAAAAAAUGAUUGAAUAUGUAAAGAUUCUAAAAGUACCAAAUUGCAAUUUCUCAACAGUUUCAAAUAUUAUAAUAAAUUUAUCCCUUGCAAUGGGUUGACCAUCAUUCCUGAUGUUCUAUCUCUUAUUGUCUGUUUUCCCCUGAAGGAUACAAGCUCUUCAUUUAAUCAGCCUUUUUAGGGAGGAGCACCUUGCAAGGGUUUCCCAUCUGGUGUAGGAAUACAGUUCUGACCUUCUUGAUGAGGUGUUUUAUAUGCAGUUCAAACUCCAAGUGAAAAUUAAGAAAAAAAUAGAAUAUUACCUAGCAUGAAAGCAACUAAUCUUAAACAAAGUGUGGGCUAUUCUUUUGUAUUGUAAAACAAUCAAUCCAAUAUAAACAUACCCAGUGUUGUAUUUUUCCAUCAAUACUUAGUAUCAUAUGCACUUAAUAUGUCAGAAGAACAACUUUGUGAAAUGUUAUGAACUAAUACCACCUACAUCCUAUCACCUAGUGUAGCCUCCCCCAGCCUUGAGCAGUCUGGCUCACAGCUGUUCUGCCACUGUCAGCUAGCCCACCUAGGGUGGAGUUUUCAGACCUAGAUAGGUCUAUUGUUCUGCCACUUCUGCAGUUUUCUCCAAGAUGCUGCUACCCACUCUGAGUCUGAACCUGUCUUCCUGAGGCAAUCCUGAAUAAGCAAGAGCCU